AUGCUGCGGGGCGGCGGGCGCGCUGUGGCGGGGCUGCUGCGGAGGGCGGCGGCAGGUAGCCGGGAACAGCACCGGGAUCGGGAUCCGGGAUCCAGGAUCCAGGAGCAGGGCUCGGGCUCAGCGCGGCCGCAGCCGCCGGAGCCGUCGCUGCUGCGCUUCCUGGUGUGCCCGCUGUCCAAGAAGCCGCUGAGGUACGAAGAAGCUACCAACGAGCUCAUCAACGAGGAGCUGGGCAUCGCGUACCCCAUCAUCGACGGCAUCCCCAACAUGGUUCCGGAGGCUGCCAGGAUGACGCACAAGAAGCCUCCGGCCGAGGACUCGGAGCAGCCCUGAGGACCCGCCAGGCACAGCGGUAGCUGGGACUGAUGGCCGGGGGAGGGAUGCUGCCCUCCCUGCCCACUCUGACUGUGCUCGUUCCCCUCCUGUCCUUGGCAGGCUUGUUUUACUCAGCCAGCGUGGACGAAGCCUUCCCACAGGGCUGCACCAGCACGAACAGCCUGUGUUUCUACAGUCUCCUCCUUCCUGUUACAAUACCGGUUUAUGUGUUCUUUCACCUUUGGACCUGGAUGGGGAUUAAACUUUUUAGGCACAACUAGUGAGAUGCGUUUGCUAACCCCUGGGCUUCUCUAAAUCAACGCAGCUGGUUUAAUCUCAUCGGGUAUUGCAGUUCGUUGGACAGUUCCCUUUGGCACUAUGGACUGUCAUCAUUUUCCUGGUAGUAUCUGAAACUGUACGAAGCAGCAGCCCAUUGUUACCUACUGCUAAGGCAGAUUUAGAGUAGGAGUCAUAAGAAGCACUAAUUCCCUCUGUUGUAUCCCUUCAAGAGUGUUGUUGUGCAUUUGUAGUGGCACUAAUGAAAACCACCUAGGUGGAAGUUGUUUUCAUGAGGGAGAACUGUACCCUGACUGAGAAAACUGAUCUUAAAUAAUACACUAAAUUAAAAUAUGCAGUCUUUGA